CGGGUGUUUUGUUUGGCAUUUGCUAACACUGCUCGCUCUUAUUGUUAUGUGUACAAUAAUAAUAAUACACAGGUUGCUGUUAGCUGUUGUUUGCACAUGAUUUUCAACACUGUUUAAACAUUGACGAAAGCGACCAAAAAACGAAGAAAACAAGUGAAAAAGCAAACAACUUGAUAAAAUACUCAAACACACACACACACACACACAGAGGAGUGGGAGAGAGAGAGAGGAAGAGAGAGUGAAAUAGUUGUGUGUUGCCAGAGAUAUAUAUAUUUUUUUACGAUCUAUUACGAAACGUGCAACUAUUAAUCUUAAUAAAUACUAAUUGGAUACAAUACGCGCACGAGGCACACGAUCAAUCCAGAGAGAUCAACAACAACAACAGCAAUUCAGCAGCCAAUUGAUGCGCGUCAUGCAGCUUGAACGUCACAGCGACGGCGACGGCGACGUCAGCGCAGCUGGAAGCCAUAGAAAAACGCAUCAAAAGCAGCAGGCAGCAGCCAAAAUGUGUUCCCGCAACAUAAAGAUCUCGGUGGUGCUGUUUCUUGUCUUGAUACCCAUAUUCACAGCGUUGCCACACAAUCACAAUUUAUCGAAGCGCAGCAAUUUCUUUGAUCUGGAAUGCAAGGGCAUCUUCAACAAGACGAUGUUCUUUCGCCUGGAUCGCAUCUGUGAGGACUGUUACCAAUUGUUCCGUGAGACGAGUAUACAUCGACUAUGCAAGAAAGACUGCUUUGAUUCCAAAUGGUUUGGCGAAUGCGUUAAAGUGCUUUUAACACCAACAGAAGAAAUAACAAAUUUACAACAUUUUAUAAAAGUAGUAAAUGGCUCGCCCAUAUCAUUCAACAUGGCGCCGGUUACAUAACUCGAAGUGGUUGGUUAGAACCACCACCGAAUACCACCAGAAGCCACUCACACGCACGCACACGCACACGCACACGCACACGCACACAGACACAGACAUCCACCUAUCCGCAGUUACACACGCAGCCACACGCAGCGACACGCACACAGGCACACACACUCACGCGAUACACACAACGAAAUGGAAGAACAAGUUCAAGAGAUUCCAGUUCGCAUAUGGUUCGUUUCGGUUCGUUUCGUUUCGUUUCGGUUCGGUUCGGCUCGGCUCGGCUCGGAACUUGAACCACACAAUCAACAACAGAAACAGCAGCAAGAACAACUAUAACAAUAACAACAACAACAACGACAACAACAACAAGCAGAACAACAAAUUAAAUGUUUAACGCCCAAAUUUAAUUCGUACUUAUUUAUUACUGUAUGCCUUACAGUUUUUACUAUAUGUGUUUUUUAAAAAACGAAUUAUUUUAAUUAAUUUAUUGAAACGUUAUGCGUUUGUUGUAAGUGAGGGACACGGGAACAUAUGUGGGGGGGCCGCGGGGGGCAGGGGUAUAUGUAUGUAUGUACGGGAACGAGUGCGAGUGAGCAAGCACACACACGCACGCAAGGGGGGAAAAACGGGCGAAAGUACGGUAUCAGGGAGGGUGGGGGUCUACCUCUCAGUACCAUGACAGCGUACCCCGUAGCCGAAGAAGUAUUUAUUUCUAAGUAUUCUUAGCUUGUUUAUUAUUGCGUUAUGUAUGUAAAAUAAAAGAUCCAUUGUUUUUAAUAUACUUAUUUAAUGUAUAAUUAUUAUUUUUUAUAUUGUAUUUAAAAAACAAAAACAAAAAGAAGAAGAAAACAAAACAUAAAAAAAAACUAUAAAACAAAAAUAUAUCGCGUAUUCCAAGCAGCAUUUACAUCAAAGGGCAGACAAAAAAA